UAUUAUUUUACUAUUCAUGAUCUACGGAAAGCUGUAAUAGCGUUUGAUAUGGACAGUGAGAUUAAUGAAACGGACUGGAAGGACAAAAUAAUUGGCGGACGCAAAGUUUUCAAGAGCGAGGUUGAACGUGCUAGACGCUUCGUCAGCCUUCUGCGCGAUCUAUUUGGCAAUCUCAUGCAUACAACACAAAAGUCAAUAGCUCCCGACGUUCAAUUAGCUGCUUUGGCACUGGAAAAUGCAAAAGCCGAAGAAGAGGAAACAGUGCGGUCAAUGAUGAAUGAAGUUAUUACAUUCACAGAUGACAAUGCACAUACUGGAGCAGUUAACACCGGCGAGAACGACCCGUCUAACGAUGUGUCUAAUGGCACGUCUAAUGACAAUUUUUUAAAUUCAUCGGAAACCAAAAUGGAAUUCUCAGAAUCUUCCACGUCAGAGAUGAUGGACACUGAUAUAAACGCUGGCUUGCCUGCGUUUGGCGAAUCAAGGCCCAGUUACGAGCGAUAUAGUGCUGCGCACAUGAUGAAGAAAACUGCUGCGUUAAGAACCAGUUACGGGACAGACUAUACCGCAUCAAACACUUUUACGAGUCGUAAUGACUACAAUGGAAAAGGGAAGAAUAAAGAAAGCCACGAUGGUCCAGAUUUGGAGGGCACAUUUAUGACAUCUGCUGAACCGAUUAGAGAAGAGAAGCCACGGACAGCGUCAUCCAUGUUAUUUGGUAGACAACAGGACGUUGCUGAAUGUAUGGACAACGUUAUGUUCCAACUGGAAGCUGCAAUUACACCAACAAUAUUGCCAUCGGGGGAAUAUAUAAAUGUUGUUAAGAAUUUAUUCUAUGGUAAAACCCAACAGAUCUUGCGUUACAAGGACAAAACAACGGGUAAUAUGGUGCAAGCAAUGAAAGAAGAGCCGUUUAAUCAGUUGUUUGUGGUUGUGACAGAAGGGAGGGAUUUAUAUGGUGGACUAGAUGGAUAUUUUGAUGUAUCGAUGGUUGAUUAUAAGGGUUCGCAAGCAGAGAGAGAAGUUACUAUUAGUGAGUUGCCCCCGAUACUACAGAUACAAUUGCAGCGGGUACAAUUCGACCGAUCUACAGCAAAUUCCUACAAGUCGAAUGCUUACAUGAGAUUUGAUAAAAUUGUGUAUCUUGAUCGAUAUUUGUAUUCCAAUCGCGAAAUAUUACAAGAUCGCCGGAGAUUGGCAGCUUCAUGGAGACAACAGCUCGAACUGUUAACUGAAAAAGUCAAGGAACUUACCGAGCGUAAG